CGCAGUCUGAACGUUGUCUCCGCACCCGAGGGUGUUGUUCCUUGUUUGCCUCCAGGCGAAGAGAGCUCAUGCCGACUUCACGAGCUCAAGAGCAGGCCUUUAAGGAGCUCAAGCUGAAUGACAAGUACUUCAUGUCCUUGCUCUUGCCUAUGGCAGAGGCUGAAGGUGACUUCGACGUCUACCUCAUGGAGAAUGGAGUUAUGCCUGUUCUUCUUCAAGGCCUUGAUGCUCUGAGCAGGCACGUGGACAAGCUGGCCACUGGUGGCGAGGGCUCGGGCUCCUCGCGGCAGAAGUUCAACCCACUGACCUGGUUGGCUCAGUACCUGCUGCGCAACCACCCGCUGCAUACAUCGGAUCAUCGCGACAGCAUGUACCAGCACCUGCAGGAGCUUGCGGCAGUGGAGCGCGGCCGGCGGAACUUGCUCCGGAGAAUGCCGGAAUUCGAGUCCGCGUGGAUGCUCUUCACCGAGGGCCAUGGGCUAUCUACCGCACAGAUUGAGCAGGUCUUGCAGCAACUGGACACCACGUGGAACUUGGAGGGCGAGUUCGUGAGGUGCCUCCCUUCCAACUUCGUGGCACGAAUUCCUUGCGUGGAUCCAGAGAAGGUGACCUUCAACGAGUUUUGGACCUUCUUUGAGGAGACAGUGUCCACUCAGGAUCUGCUGCGGGUUUCAGCCUUUGAUGAAGCGGCCAUAAGACGGCAGCAGGCGGAGCAGGAGGCACUCGAAGCCUUGGAGAGGCAGCGUCAGCGGGAAGCGAAUCUGGCCGAAGAGCAAAGGCAGCAACGACUGCUACAGGCCAAAUUCGAGACUGUCUGUGCUGAUGCCUAUUUGAACCCAGAGCUCAGCCAAAUCAUGAUCAAGGGUGCUGUGCUGGCCUAUCCCAUGGAUCUCAAGGGAGAACACAUCAUCCUGAUCCUUCAGCUGCUACGAGCCUGGGGCCACUCAUUGGUGGAUGACGAGGGCAACCACGUGGAGCAGGACGAGUGGGAUGAACGAACAAAGGAGCUUUGGAUCGAGUGGCGAAAAGCUCAUGGGCCACAGACCAGCUACCCUGGCGUGGUUGACGCCGACUCUCUAAAGGCCUUGAUGGACAAGGAAAGCUUUCAGGCUCAUCAUCAUAUUGGGGAAGUGGACGCUGAGACCUGACUUGCGACUGCGGGUCGUUUGGAGAACCAUCCAGAAGGCCUUGCUUCAAGUUUAAAUGUGGUUUCACGCAUAUGGUCAUCGCUCAUGGCUGCUUGGAACGCUCUCCUCCCCGCAAACCUGC